AAUUGAAAUGAUCAGAAUAAUAUAUUUGUCAUGUUUGUUUCUUGAGGAUAAAACUAACCCGAACAGAGGCAUAAUUACACUAAUUUAAAGUAUGGCAACAGCUAAACCCGAAGUGGAUUUAAAAUUAUUGCAAAUUAUUGGAAUUGAACAAUUAAAAGAUAAAGAGUCAACUACUGUGCUGAAAUACAAAACAGUACAUGAAAAAAUCCCAAAUGAAAAGAAUGCAAGGUUCAUGUUUCCAGAUCCAGAAUCAUUCAAGGUAAAAAAGAAGGCUAAAAAGGGGGAAUGGCUAGCAGAGCAAAAGGAAGGAGGUCAGACUUUUAAGCAGUUUCAAAAUCACAUCAUUUCCAGACCCUUUGGGCGUAAAAAGACUAUCUACCUCAUCCCAUUGGUUUUUGAAGAGGAACCUGUUCCAAAGAAUAUCCUAAAGCCUCUAUCAAAGUAUGCUGCUAUUUUCUUUGAUUUGCCUAUCAAAAUUGGCAAACAAAAAUAUAUGGUAAAGGAUGUACCCAACAGAAUCAAUGAAUUCACAAAUAAUUUUCAAGUGGAUGCAUCAGCUGUUUUGCAGAAAAUGGAGGUCCCUGCAGAUGCUUUCUGUGUUGCUGGGAUAACAAUGUGUGACCUUUAUCCUCGUGAAUCUUGGAACUUUGUCUUUGGUCUGGCAAAUUUGUCAGGUUCUUGUGGAGUGUAUUCUUUAGCCAGAUACCUGUCUAACUUUGGUAGUUCAAGAAAUACAGUUUACAACCCAGAUGUAGAAAAAGGGGGAGAGGCAACCAUCUUAAGAAGAGCCUGCAAAGUAAUGUGUCAUGAAAUAGGUCACAUGUAUGGACUGAGACACUGUAUCCAUUUCGAAUGUCUGAUGAAUGGCUCCAACCACUUAGAGGAAGCAGAUAAAAGACCCACAUUUCUUUGUCCAUUGUGCCUCAACAAAUUCUAUAAUAUAAUGAAGUUUGAUGUUGAAGAAAGGUACAAGAAAAUGCUUGAGUUUUGGAAAAUCCAUGGACUACCUGAGGAAGUGGAAUGGUUAGAACAGCGACUUGCUAUCGUCUCCUCAGCCUUGUAAACAGGGAUAAAA